AUGCCAGACCUCACUGCCGCCGAGCUCAGCAUUCCGGCCGAGCAGCACCCCGAUCCCGCAAAGCCACUGGUGAUACCCGUCGACUCAACAGUGGUAGGCUCUACCCUGCGCUUCAUUCCGUGGUCUGUGGUGGGCAAUCCGGCCCUCCUCCAGCUGCCCCCUCCUCCUCCGGGGAUGCAACCGUCGUGGGUCCAGAUUCCGCAGUGGGUCGCCAUCAGUGCGCUGCUCGCCUUCAGUGAGCCCGAGCCCGCUGUGGCCACCCACUUUGACAGGCUCAGCGUCUUGCGGCUGGCCGUAUUGGCCGCGGCCUGGCGCCGCAUCCUCGGUGCCUUGUCCGACCUCGGCGUUUUCAGCACGGUGCACGUGGAUGAGGAUGCGUUCCGUACGGUGUGCAUCCAGGCUCUGCACUCCCGCCAAAUCCCGGUGCCCGAGCUCUAUCUGCAGUGGGGCGAUUUGGGGUACUCCGAGGCUAUCGUGCCCUUGGGACCAGCGCCAUCUGCAGAAGCGAAGGCCGUCGACUUCUUGCAGUACGCGACGGUCGGGGCUCUUUGCGACCCUACGGCCGACGUCCCGUUCGCAGCCCUGUCUGACAUGACCCGCUGCUUGGGGCCCGUCUUCACGGCGGCGGCGCGCGUCGAUCCCAUGGGGAGCGCCGUCGUGGGGGCUGCCUCGCUCGCCGCCGCCGCUGGUCACAUCACUCCGCGAGCGAGCGAUGGGCAUCCCGCCCUGCUCUCUCGGCAUGUGCUCAGCAUGUUGAAGACUACCCGCGCAAGUUUCCCGGCCUGCCUGAGGACCAACUCCUUUCAGAACUACUCUGCGGAGGUUGAGACUCGCGCCGAGUAUGUGGGCGGGACCGCCGCGGCGCGCGACCGAGUGGCCGAGCAGCGUUGCUCGCGCGCUAUUGCAGCCAAGGCGCCGACGCUCGACUCCCUGCUCCGUGCGCUGCCUCGGCCAACGCCCCCGUCGCCGCCCGCGCCUGGCGCGACCGCCUUAAGCGCGGGCGGCCCGUGA